AUGGCUGAGGUCGACGACCCUCUUAUUCAAGCGUUGCCUCCUGCGACCGACUAUCUGACCUAUUUGACCUUGCUCGAAUACCAAUUGACCCCCGCCCGUUUGCCCACGCUGCAUAAGCUCCUCCAGGAUGAGGUGCUAACGACCAACAUCGGCUGGGACUUGGUGCAGCUGCUCCUACCUAUGUUACCCCAGUCUUUGGAUUGCCUGCAUGAUAUUGCUCGAUUGGGAAAUCCCCGAGAGGUCAUUCUGCGGGUUUCAGAUGCUCUCAUGCAGCUGCAACCCGCCGAUGAGGAGGACAACGAUAAUGAAUCGAACGCUGUAGAUUUGGAACCACACCACCAGCAUGGGGAGUCGUCGCAGGACGCCACCGCUGACUCUGAGCCUAAAUCUGACGACGAAAUGGAACCUCUGCCUCGUCAUAUCCUGCAGUUCAAUGCACUCGUUUCAAUGUUGUCAGUGUUGCAUUCUCGCAUCCAGACCAAGUCACCCAGCCGAUUCCUGGCCACAUCUCUGCAAGCCUUGCUAGAAGCGUAUACACUGAUGCCCACGAGCGAAACAACAAUUGCUUUGUUGGAAUUCUUUCGGGAUGUUUCGCCGUCGAAACGUCCGGCUCCGCCUCCCAGGGCGGCCAGUGAAUCCAGCGUGCUUCGUCUCUCCGAAGCCUCAGCGCCGGACCCGGAAGCUGAAGUGCAAUCGCCGUCCCCAGCUAGUGAUAAUGAGGCAGUCUUGGUCCAGCGAUUUCUACAAUUUGGCCUGCUUGAGGUACUUAAAUCAUACUUGCUCAGCUUUGCCGGCCCCUUGGACCCCGGAAUGUCGUGGACGAUUCGACUACAAGAGAAGCUCCACCCCGGAUUGCGCAUCGCCAGCCAGCAGACGCAGACCGAGGUCUUUGCACACAGCAAGAAACUGAAGGAGCGAGACUUAAUCGUUGCUAAGAUCACGGCGCUAUCUCGCGACUUCGGCCUUAGUGAUAAGCAGCUUCUGGAAAUCGCCUUGAAAUCGCCCGACGACCAACCGCCUCCGCUUGAUUUCGACGAACCACCUCGCAAAGCGGACGAAAUUCCCCUGGAGAGACAUGGUUCUUUGCUGCUCCUGGCAGCGCGGGCAGCCUCGGCGGAAUUAUUCUCGUCCGGGCAGGUCACCCCAAUCGCCGUUUUCCCAGACCUGGCGCGGGUUUUCCGCAACUUCGUCGGCGGUUACAAUUCACCCGAUGAAGUUGCUUUCGGGCAACCACAGGUGCUACUAGACUCAUUACUCGCAUUAACCGUCUUUGCUAUGCAGCAACCUAUCCAGCCACCGGCCAUAGAAAAAGAAUUCGUCGAUUUUGUUCUAUGCUUGACGGCCUGUACUGCCCGGCAGAACUACAGUUCAGUUCGACGAAUUCCAGGCACAGUUGUUAAGAGCAAUUCCUCGGCGAUUGCGCGCUUCAAGCUCAUUCGGACGGUUCUGGAGGACGACCGAUUCCGGACUGUUAAGGAUAGCGCCAUCGUCUGGGUAAAGGACGGGAUCUUAGAUGCAUCCAAAGCCUCCGAGACCGAUGUCACAUCCGAGUCCAGUCCGUUUCUCAACCCGCAUUAUUUUUCCGUGUUGUUCCCGUCGCUCUUCGACUCUUCCGAACUGCUCAUGAACGUGUCAUCCGAUCUUGUGGCAUCAUGGAUCAAGUUCUCACAAACCUUGACUCCAUCGAUCCAUGCGGCGCUCAGUUUGUAUUACCUUCUGGUCUCAACACCCAAUCUGCGCCAGCAACUGCAACUGGAGAAGACCUAUGUCUACUUCCGUAAUCGCUUUCUGGAGCCGCUAAAAUCUCUCUGCCAUGCUUUUGAGGCGGAUCUCACAAAGAACGGUGGCGAUGGUCAGAUUGAAGCCGCGGUGGGCGAGAGCCUGACGCAGAUUGGGAUGGCACGGUCGGUGGGCUUGGUCUCACAUGCGCUGGAGCAGGUGGAGGAAGCCCUUGGCGAAGCAUUUGUGCUGAAGGAUUCGGAGUUGCCUGAGCCCAGUGCGGAUGAUAUCGCCCGAGUAGAUAUGAUUCGAAAGGAAACUUCACCUUAA